UCGGGUUUGACAGUAGACGAGUAACUAAUAAUUUUUAUUGAUAUUUUCGUGUAAAGCAAUGAUAAUUACAUGAAAUGUAAUUCGUCUUUACUGUUAAUAUUUUAACUUUUCGCGAAAAGAUUUAUUUACUUAAAAGGGUAGUGUUAUUCAAGCCAGUGUCAUGUAUCCGGAUGGUUGCUUUGUCGAUAUCCGAUGCGAGUGCGAGUUUAGUUUUUUGUAAUUCUGUAAUGUUAUGAGUGCUCUUUUGAGCUGGUUAGCAUAAUGCCAGUACAGCAGAUUAAUGUUAAGAAUUCGUCGGAAAUCGAGAGUUGGGAAUGGAACGGCGGUUGCGGGCGAGAGGUGAUCCGGGGAGGGUCGGACAGCAGUCGAACCUCAUGCAGCAACUCGAGCGGAGAUAUCUGUCGCAUCUGCCACUGCGAGAGCGAGGUCCACAACCCGCUUCUGGCGCCCUGCUACUGCUCAGGGAGCCUAAAGUACGUCCACCAGAGCUGCCUACAGCAAUGGCUGACGGCGUCCGAGACGCGCUCCUGCGAGCUGUGCAAAUUUAACUUCAUCAUGCACACCAAGAUAAAACCUUUCAAUGAGUGGCGGUUGCUGGAAAUGUCAGGAGUGGAGCGCCGGCGUCUCUGCUGCGCUGUGUUAUUCCACUGCGUCGCCGCUCUCUGCGUCAUGUGGAGUCUAUUCGUGCUCAUAGAACGGGCUGUAGAAGAGGUGCAUCGUGGACUCAUAGCGUGGCCAUUCUGGACGAAGCUGGUGGUGGUCGCCGUGGGGUUCACGGGGGGAGCUGUGUUCAUGUAUAUACAGUGUCGCCAGUACCUGCAUUUGUGUAAUCGUUGGCGCGCUCACAAUAGGAUACUGCUGAUCCAGAACGCGCCGGAGAAGAUGCCCAUCCCGCACCACUCCCCGCCGCGCGCGGCGCGCCGCGCCAUCGCGCACGGGCAGGUGGUAGCGAACAUCGAGCCGGUCCCGGUGCCGGCCGCCUACCACGAGGAGGACGAGAGCGGGGGUUUCGAGUCGUACCGCGCCGACCCGCGCCGCCGGCUAGCCCCGCCUGGCGGGUCCGUGCAGAGGGAACAGCCCGCGCAGCCCGCCAGGCGCUGCUCCGACACGCUAGUUAGUGUCGCGGUCGAAGCUCAAGCUCCCACGGUUUACCACAUCAGCGCGGACCCGCUGGAGGCGGACAUCCGGUCGCUGCUGGCGCUGGACGCGCGCGCGGCGCGCUCCCUCCCCAACCUGCCCACGCUGCCCUCCCUCCCCUCCCUCCCCUCCCUCCCCUCGCUGCGCGCCUCGCGCGAGUCCCUCCUCCCCGCCGCGCCGCCCUCCUGAGGCCCGCCCCCCCACCCCCUCCCCCUCCCGCCCGCGCCGCUCACGCUCUACCCCGACCCCGCCGUCUACUAGGCGCGGCCCUGCAAGCGUGUAUCAGGUGACCGGAGCAGAGUAGAAGAUUUAUUAGGUGGUGUGAAGGCCGAGAAUGCUUCCUGAAAACUACGCCGCUCCGUGUGCUGACCCUCUAACGGACCAUCAGAUCUUUGCAAUAAGAUUUAUAAACUACCAAUUGGUGUUGUCGCCGUUCCUCGGUGAGGCCCCGAAGGCCGAUAUGGCGGAGCUGUAGGGUGGCGAGGCGGGCGGAAUACGACGAGUACCCGGUUUACCCGGUACGCGGAACGGGUCCCGCGAAGCCGCAAGCGUAUACCCCCCCUAGGGCACGUUCCACAAGAAUAUCGCUCACAAAUACCAUUUUUUCUAAUACUAAAAAUGCUGAAAAAUAUUUACUAUAAAUUUAAAUAAAGGUUAAAUAAUAUUUGGCCUGGUAAUAUUUCCUGACUUGACCAAAAUAUUGGAAAUAUAUAUUCUUACACGUUUCAUUAAAAUAUCUGCCAUAGAAAGAAAAACACAUUUGAUAAGCGACAUUCUCGUGGAAUACCCCCGUGAAUUUGCCCCGAAUCUCAGUUAGUAUAAUUCCGCCACUAAAUGUGCGCACACCAGGCAUCAACUUAUCUCCGAAUAAGUGUCACGGAGGUCUGACUCUCGCGCAUUCGGGAGCUACUUUAGUUUUUGUAUAUACAUACUUACAUUUCUGAAUGCGUGAGUUUGCGUCGCUUACGUGUAAGGGGUCGAAUCAUUGGGAGUGGCACAUUUUUGUCCCCCUAAUUUUCUUAUAAAGUAUAUUUUAAUGAUAAUUUUAGUUGUCCCUGACUACUGCCUGAAACAUCAUCAAAAUAUGAAGACACUGUCAAAAAUGUGUCCAAAGAAAUUAGGCACGGCAAUCAAAACACGGUAUUAACCUGGAUAUAGUAUGCGUGCGUUCUAUGCUAAGUUUCCUUUAUAUUUAGCGUCUAAUUCGAGCGAGAGCAACUCGAAAAUAUAAAUAUCUAGAAUAGAUAUCGCUAGUCGAGUAUUUUACUAUUUUACCUACUGAAUAAAAACGAUGAAAUGAAACAUUAUAACGUAUAUAAUAACUGCGAGCGCGCCCGAUCAAUAUACGGCUAGACAUAGAGAAAUGCAAUAAUAUCGUAUGUCACGUGAUGUAUAUUUAUAUACUCUUGAAACUUUACAACUUUGCCCCAUUAUUAUAUCUUUGCCCAUUGAGAUUUUUAAUUAUUAAUUAAACUUUUUUUUUUACAUAAAGUCGGCCCAUAUACAAGAAAUGAAAUGUUUAUAAUUUUUGUUUGGGCAAAAUAUAGAAGAAACGGCAAAGUUACAAAAGUUUAAUGAAAUCUCCACAAUUUGGCUACUAAAAUAAUACCAAUAAAUCUAUUUAUUUUGGUAUUUUCGCCCUAAAUCGGCUUGUUUUCGCAUAACGUGCCUACUUUAUAAAUCCAUUAUGGUAAACUAUUAUAGACUUAACGUUUUACUUUAAUGUAAUCUUAACACAUCUAUUCUAGUUAUUUAUACAGGUACCGACAAGGCAAUAUGUGGAAUAAGAAAGAAGACUUGUGACAGCUGGUGCGAUGGACUAAGGUCAUAUUUACUAGAGAUGCCACGAAUAUAUUCUCUCACUACUUUAAUGUGAAUGUGUACAUGAACAAUACUAAAAUAACUAUGAAUGCCCUAGCAUUCUUUGAACAAGAAAUACUUGAAGAAAAAUGUAUUGUAAGGUGUAAAGAUAAACAUUAUUAAUGACACCAUUCUGCGGCUAAUAGCUCAGUGUAAACAUGACCGUAGUCUUACCGGAUUUAUUUUGAAAGAUCCGUAUAAUCUAAAUCACUUCCAAUAUCCUAGUUUGGCAGUAUUUUGUGCCCUAUUUGGUUACUUUUAAUUUUCACAAUUGAUUCAACCAUCAUAAGUAUGUAAAUAUUAGUUACCCAAGUAAAAUUUUGCUGUAUGUGGUAACUUUGCCCACUAAAAACUUUAGGGCUAAAAUCCCGUUACAGAUAAAAUUGAAUUUUGUGCCUAAGGCUUCAUUUAUAAUAAGCGAUAGGACAAAAAUACGGCCGUAAAAAUAAAUCCAUCAUGUAAUGUAGCUUUACAUUUACUGCGUACUUUUUGUAACCCGUUGAAACACUGACUACAAAUGUUGUGCAUAAUUGUUUUCCAUCGUAUUUUCUCAGAAACGUUCGUAUUUGUCAUGCUACUUCAGUUAACCUUAGUACUUUUUGUACCGAGACUGAUUGAAAUAGCAAAACAUGUUCGUAAGUUCCGUGAAAAUAAGAUGGAAAAUAACUAUGCUCUACAUCUAUACCUACGCGUGGGUUAAAUAAGAGACACGUCAAGAACCCACACUGGAUAGAUCCAAAGCACCGGUAGUAUUUUUCCCGAACAUCAAUAACUUUUUAAUAUUUCAUCUGUAAAAUAUUGUAAACACGAGGCCAAGUUGUAAAUAAUGUUUUCUUUACCUACGCGUGGGUUAAAUAAGAGACACGUCAAGAACCCACACUGGAUAGAUCCAAAGCACCGGUAGUAUUUUUCCCGAACAUCAAUAACUUUUUAAUAUUUCAUCUGUAAAAUAUUGUAAACACGAGGCCAAGUUGUAAAUAAUGUUUUCUCUAAACAAGUACAUUGUUACUUAUCGAAUACUACGAGAAUUGUAAAUAGUGAAAUAUAUUAUUAUAAUACAAAUACGAUGGUACUUGGCAUUUCACGAGCCAAAUUUACUUUAUUUACAAUUUGAUGAAGUCAAUUAUGAUUUAACUAAUGAUUUGCAAUAUUCGAUUCGCUUCGCUUCGCGAGUUCGCUUAAGCCAAAAGGAAUGGUAAUGAUUUUCGCAGCAGUGUUUGUUUGUGUUGCAUUUUCACUAAAGCGUCAAAAGUUCGGGGUCGAUUUUGAUGAAUUAGUCGAUUUUAUGACCCUCCCAGGGCCGUCUUAAACUAUGCUGGGGCCCUUGGGCAUAUAAGAAUUUGGGGCCCUUUUGGAAAGUACAGAAAGCAAAUUAAUACAACAUUUUUCUACUAUGAUCUUCUAUUUAUUAUGAGUAGGUAAUCAGAUAUACUGUUAUUGUCUGUCCUCCGGGGCCCCCUGAGGUUGGGGGGCCCCGUGUGCCCUUAUGGUAAAGACAUCCUCCGAAUGAAUUUCCAGAUAGGAAAAACCGUAGUUAAGUUUGUCUUGAUAAUGGCGGCCCGGAUUAUUGAACGUAGAUUAUUUGCUAUGUCUAUAACUGGUGAUCGGUCGAUAUUUCUUAUUUUUUAUUUAAUGCCAUAAUUGUCGACAUCGACGAAUAUUGUGAGCCCGUUUAUUGUCAGGUGUGACCCAAUUGUAGUUGUAAUCCUAAAAAAACCGAAUUUGGUUUAUUUCAUUUUUGGAACGUUGUUGUUGUUUUGGCGCCUUGAUAAUAAAUUAUGGUCCACAAUUGUAUGUUAGGUUAUUGGAACGAAUGUGUUUAUUUUACUCAUAUUUUGUUACUAAUUGCACUUGUUAUAAACUUCUUAACAUCGCUAUAACAUCGUGAAUAAUGUUGGUGAAAACGAUGCGAAACAUCAUGUCUCAGAUUUUUAACUAUUUUGAUCUCUUAGACUGCGCUACCACAAAAAAAUCGGUUGGUAGAGCAUAAUCUUCUUUGUCAAUUCCAUCACCGCCUAGAGCAUGCUUGGAGAUUUCAUACUUAGAUAAAAUGUAGGUUAAUAUUUUAAAUGUCGAAUCUCCUUAACGUACCUACAUCUCUUCUAGGGCUCUCUUUCCUAACUAGUUCUACAAAAUGAAUCUAACAAACUGUCCGUUUAUUUUUGUAAUGGAAAAUUAUAUUUAUUUAUUUCCAUGUAAAUUACACCUGUAAAGAAAUUUUAUAAAUAUUAGGAUUAAACAAACUGUAUCUCUAGUUUUAGUGGUUUGACUGUGCAGUUUUGUUUAUCACAGUUUUCCUUAUUUAUUUACUGCCAGUACUUACAGUUUAAAAUAUGUUAAACUACUAAAACUAAAGACUUUAAUUAUUUCAGACAAAAUAAUUGGUGAUAUCCUCGUUAGUCGUGCAUUUAGAAAGCAUUUAAACAUUGAGUCCAUGAUAGACGCUUUACCUUUUAACCGUUUGACAUUAGGACGUUUAAAAUUACAUGUACAUAAUUGUGAUGUUUAUAAAAUAUUCUUAACUAUGAUUUGGUAAGAUCGUGAAACAUUGAUUGGUAUAUGAAAGUGGUUUACCCAAGUGGUUGUAUAUUGAAUUUUAACCAACCGAUUCAAUCGAUAUUUUAUUUUCAGUUGUCCCAAAAUUGUGUUAAUUUUUGUGUUGUGGCAGCUAUGGGCAUAGUCAAACGGUUAAUCUCAGAAACUAGGGGCCUACCGCGAAAACCGAAAUUCGCAAAUUGCGGGGAUCAUUUUCUUUUACUUUCAUUAAGACGUAAUUAGAGUGACGGAGAAAAAUGCCCGCAAUUGAGAACUUCGAUUUUCGCGGUUAUAGCCCUGUUUAUAAGCAGUUUUUUCCACGUUUACUGUUCGAAUAUACUACAAAAUUAGGGAUACCAUAUUGCUUUUGUCAUCGAUAAAAACUUUGAAUGUAAUGAGCCCGUUUAAUUUUUUACUGCCAUACUUUUGCCAAAAUCUUUACGAUGUAAGGAAGUUAAAGGUAAUAGUCUAAGUUCGAACGGGUAUCGAAUUAGAAGUUUCCUGUAGGAUAUAUGGUAGCCCUAACUCGCGUUUGGCCAGAUACUGUUAAAAAUUACACAGUAUAAAUGUAAAAAGUGCUGAAUGCUUUAAUCACAUUAGCUUUUAACUCAAACUCUGAAUUGAUACAAUAAUUAACAAUUUUAUUUAAUAGGUUUUUAUAAUACCUUCACUGUCCCGUUAUAAGUCCGUAUCAAUUUUAUUUCAAUUCUCAUCGCCAUGAUGACUGUGAAGGUAUUAAAUAGUCAUUCUAUUUUAUCGUAUUCAUGAUAUAAAUAUUGUACAAACUUGUCAAUAACUCAAACCCAUAACCCUGAAAGUAUGAAACAUUAAAACGCGGCACUCAUUUAUGUUGUAUGCACAUCGACACAACUUGUAAAUGUAUGUAUAAUCCCUAUAAAAAGCAUGUUUAAUAUAAAGUCACAAAUUAUUCACGGCUCAUAUUAUUAUAUUUGUAGUUAGGUAGUUAAUUAAUAGUUUGGACAUUUGGUGCUAAUGAAUUAAACAAAAAAAAAAUCAGUCCAAAAUUAGGUGUAUUCUGUACGGCUAUAUUUUACUUAUGAGUCGAUUUGUUUGUAAUCCUUAAAUUAGUUCAAAUUGUUUAACAUAUCUCUCUUCAAUCAUGACGGUGUAUCAGAAUGUUAUCUGUUGCCAGUUUACUAAACUAAUUAUAUUAUAUAAUUAUAUGUGUUUAUUUUAAAGGGCACUUAGUUAUUUACUUGUUUAUUAUUUUAGCGAAGCAAACUGUAUAUUUUUGUAAAAAGAUGGAGUUUAGGCGCUUGGCGGUAUUUUGAGAUACCAUGAGUGCCGGCAAGGAUCACUAAUGAUUGGUGGUUGGAUGAUGCAGAUAUUUUAACAUACUUAGAUGAUUUGAUGCUAUUAAUUAUUGACUGUUAACUUUCACUUACUCUUACCAAAGGCAAUAAUUUGAUCUAGAUGUAAAUAUUAUAUCACUCGGAAUAGAUUAUAUUGUAAUCAAUGCAUGCUUGAGUUUAAGAAAGUUACCAGUCAAAUUGUUCCAAAUAUGGAACAAGGUUUUAUACCUUAUUACCAAUCAUUCAUGAUCCUUGAGGGCACUAGUAAACUGAGACACUCAUGUGGUGUACGGUGUACUACCUACUCGUAUGCGUGUCACAUAUCACUCUAUUAUUGUGUAUCUGUAAAUGAAAGUUAUGCGGCUGUGUGUAAAUAAUUAUUUUCAUGAUAUAUUAAUUAAUGCGUUCAUCCGAUAGUUUCCUGGUUUUCGUCAUGUUUCGAACGUAGUUAGUGCCUUAUUUGAAAAUACGUGAAUAACUUUGUAUCACAAUGUUGUUACCUCAACCCAUUUGCGAACCGAGGUCCCUACCGCGUGGGACAUAUCUGGCACACAAGGCACCUUGUCAGUAUAAUUGUGAUAUAGUUAAGUUUAUUUUUGCUCAAAAUUACUUUCUCUCUGACCUGUGUACUUAUCAUUCAUGAAAUUUGUAAGACUGUAUUUUAUUUUGUUGUGUAACAUUGUUAGUUAGCUCCAGGUUAUAAAUAUAGUUAUUUUGAGAUUGUA